AUACCCCUGUCCGACCAAUAACGUCCUUCUGAGGGUCUGACAGCACCAGCUGGGGAGUGGUCUCAAACCGGCACCGCCACCCAGACUCUCCAGCCUCCACCGCCAAAUUCAAACCGAGAAAGAAAAGCCACCGGAUCAAGUGCAGACCUGUUAUCUUCAACGGAAGGCACUGCAGACUAUUUGACCAACUAUAAGCAUGACUUCCUCGGUAAGCACGGCUGUCGCAGGGGUGUGGCGGGCACACACGGUUUUGGAUGAAUCUGACGGAGUAGAGAGCUCACCCGAAGACCGCUUUCGAAAACUGCGCUCCUCGUCCUCUCUCAACUCUCUGAGAAUGUCAUUGAGGAAAAGGCUUCCCCUGCGGUCUGUCCAGGCAAACUCUCUCCCAGAGAAUCCAACCUGGGAGAGCGUUGAGGCAGCACAGAAGACCAGCACCGUCCGCCAACUCACACGCAGUGCUCGGAAUUCCAUCGGAGGACUGUACCAGAGGCUACAGAGGAACAGAGAGUCUGUUCGUGAGGAGUGUCUGGUGGCCACACCGGGACGGAUAUGUGAAGAAGGGGAGAGCGUUGGAGCACCCUCCCAUACCCCCAGAAGAACCCCAAGCAGACAAACCGCCUUCGUAGCCAUUGCAACACCCAAGCGCACCCCGAAGGCAGCAGCCACACCCAAACGCACCCCAGCAUCUAGGCGCACCCCCGGGGGGCGAGGGACCCCUGAGGCUGGGGUGAGGGGUGUGAGGAUUGGCGGGGGCAGGAGACAGCUAGUCCGUAUGGCAGCUCUUCGGAGUCCCUUUGCCUCUCCUAACACUCAGAACCAGAGGCGGAAGUUUGACCGGGACCUGGAAUGUGUAUCCAGCGGUCUCAGGAAGCUGAAGAACCUCUCCCAUGCUUUCAAUAAUGUAAUUGGCAGAGAUGACCGGUCCUGUGCAGCGGAGCGUUACGGAGGGGUGAUGAUGAGAAGGUUGGACCCCAGCGGCAGCAUCAGCCGCUCUGCCCUCACACACCGAGCCCGCCGCCUCACACAUACACUGGGCAGCUGGACACACAGCGCCCUCGACAACGUCAAACCCAAGUCCAACUGAAACCACACUCGCCGUCUGUUUGUGUGGGACAAGUACCCCCCCCCCCCCCCAACGGCAGUGGUGCUGUUACACUGUGUCUGUGUGUGUGUCUGUUCAUGUCUGUGUGUCAAGGAAAUUAUCCUUCUAAUGUGUCACAUUACAUGCACAUUACGUGUCAUUUAUGAUUGUGUUCUGUAGUACAAGACAAGGCUGGUUAGGACGUUUAUCUGUCCUCUGCUAGAGCUUAUAAUAAGACAAGUUUUGCGUGUGUGUAACUUCCACAGCUGCUACAUGACUGAUUCUCUUCAGUCGUUUCUUGUGGUGCAGGACUGGCCUUAGAAGAACUAUGACCAAACGCCACAGUACCAAACUUCAAACUAACAUUGUACAAACAUUAUUGUAAGUGUAGACGUCACUCUCUAACCGUGUCUGACAUUUAAAAUCAUACAUACACAAGGCCAAAAAUGAUUGAUGAACUAACACUAAAUGUUACUGACAAGGAGAGGCCAUUAUAGUCAUCCCUACAUAGAAUCUUGAAGACUUUAUGUAAGCAAUUAUGUGCAACUAACCUUUGUAAUGAUAUUUAGUGUCUUUUGAUUGUGCCCAGCUUUAUAUUGAAUAUUUUUCUGUUAAAAAAAGCACCUAUAUUUUUGUAUGUCACAUCUACACAACAUGUGGGGUUUUUUAAAAACAUUUUGUAUGUCAAGUUUCAUAGUUUACUGAGUAGGUUUAGUAUGAGGGAUAGACUGCUUUCUGCAGAACGGGACCUACAGUAAGAUUUAAAGCUGUAUACUUAUUUUGCUGUUUCAUUACUCUCAAGUAGUUCUAUAUUUAUAGUGGUUCAUGAAAUUGAAAACUAAAUAUGUAGCCCAUGAUCUUGUUUACCUUUUUAUACAUGAUAAUAAAAGAGCAUGGCAUGG